AUAUACUACUCAAGCAUAUUCAUCAAACAUGAAAGCUGUCUAUUUUCUUCUCCCACUAGCUGUUUUGGCUUUGGCAACUUCCAUUGCCACUGCCUAUGACCCAAGCCCUCUCCAGGACUUUUGUGUGGCUGUUGAUGAACCCCACAAAGCUUUGUUUGUGAAUGGAAAGUUUUGCAAGGAUCCCAAACUUGUCAAAGCCAAAGAUUUCUUCUUUUCUGGCCUCAACACUCCAAGAGACACAAAUAACCCAGUUGGAUCUAAUGUGACACAAUUGAACGUGGACAAGAUUCCAGGACUCAACACUCUUGGAAUAUCAUUGGCUCGCAUUGACUAUGCUCCAUAUGGCCAAAACCCACCUCACAUUCACCCUCGCGGCUCUGAAAUCCUAGUGGUCGUUAAGGGAACUCUCUACGUGGGUUUUGUUUCAUCCAACCAAGAUGGAAACCGUCUGUUUACAAAGGUUCUAAAAGAGGGAGAUGUGUUUGUAUUCCCGAUAGGUAUGAUUCACUUCCAAUUCAAUCCAGAACACACUCCAGCAGUUGCUUUUGCUGGUCUCAGUAGCCAAAACGCAGGAGUAAUCACGAUUGCAAAUGCUGUAUUUGGAUCAAAUCCUAGCAUCAACCCUGAUAUUCUUGCUAGAGCCUUCCAAGUGGACAAGAAUGUCAUCAACUAUCUCCAGAAGCAAUUCUGGUAUGACAACAACUAA